AUGCGUUUUUUCGGCUACGGCAAGCGGCAGACUCACGACCUCAAUACCAAGCUGCCACCAGCACCAACCUUGCUGCAGACAACCGUGCCGAAGGAGACCGCCAUUCGAGCUAAGACGCGGUUUCUAGAGGACAAGGGGCCUACGCGACUGGUUUGGUCCAAGGAGCAACGACUGGGGCUGAACUUCAUUGAGAUGCCUCAGGGCAGCGUGGUUGUGAAGGACGUGCCAGGAAUGCGGACGGACGUGUCCCCGGGUCAAGAACUUAUUGGAAUUGGGAAGGUGUCGGUCGCUGGAAAGAGCUGGCAAGACGUGAUCGAUCUCCUUCACAAUGCUCGGUCUUCCUGCGUGCUUAACUUCUCCCCACCAUCAUCGCUGAUCGUCGUCUCAGAAGUGCUCGGGCCUGCUCGGCUGCUAGGUGUACGUCCAGGUAUGGUGUUGCAAUCCGUGAACGGUUCAAGCGUGAUCGGGGCCAUGUUGUGCGACAUCAUCUCUGCUCUACGUGGUGCAAGCGACGUGUCACCUGUGCGGCUCACAUUUACGCCCUACCACACAGUUGUGCACUCGCGCAUCCGAUCUGCAAGCCUUACUGAGUCUCCGGCAGACUCCCGCGCAACGCUUCGGGACAAUCUGUGUAUUGGGGCAGUGAUGGCAAUCUUGUCUCUGUAA